UGUCCAUCAUGGAGCCAACGCACGAAACGUGGACGCUGCCCGAAAACCUGCACCCGCUGCACUACUCUCGCUGGGGCCCGCCCACGGCCGCGACCACCUACGUUCUCUUACACGGCGCACCCGGGACAUACCAGGACUUCAGCUACCUGGCGCCGCUACUCGUCUCGGGCCACGAUGUCAAUGCGAUCGCGUUCGAUCUCCCGGGCAACGGCCGCACGAGCGUCGAGAUUGUCGGCGGCAUGUACUACGUCGACGCCGCCUCGAUUGCCAGCACCAUCGUCGCCGCGCUCUCAUCGCUCCCGCUCUCGCGCAUGAUCCUCGUGGGGCAUUCGAUGGGCGGCCACGCGACGCUGCAAGUGGCGUCGGCGCCGGCGCUCGCGUCGCGGCUUGCGGGCAUUGCGCUUCUCAACCCGACAGGGCUCCGCGCACCGCGCCGCGCCCGGCCCCGCAUCGAGUAUUACUUUAGCCUCGUCAUGCGACUCGCGGGCGACGCGACCGAUUACUUCACCAACUGGAACCGAUCGAUUUACGUCGACAAGUUCAAGUUCUCGAACGAUAUUCCGACCGACGACUUUUCCGUCGCGUUCUACCGCAUGGUGACGGCCGACUAUGCGCAGCUGCGCGUCCAGGCCGAGGACAUCGCCCGGCGCAAGGUCCCGGCGUUCGUGGCUUUUGCAAAGGACGACCGCGUGAUCGAGUGCGAUAUUGGCGCCGACCUCGCGGCCGUGCUCGCGGCGAGAACCGUCAAGACGUACGAAAAGGGCGGGCACAACAUCCCCAAGACACAAGCCACGGAUCUUGGCGCGGAAAUCAACGCGUGGGCCAAGUCGCUUCUGUAGGUACAGGUAGCGUUAGAUAGAAGACAUAUAUUGUGCAAUAAAACCUGUUGCAUUCAAAUGACAA